AUGAAUUUAGCCAUGAGUGAGCGCCCGCAACCAUUAAAGGCUAUCAACAGGUUCUUUGAGGGAAAAGAGCCAUGGCAGAUUGUCACUAUGACGGCGACAUCCGUGCUCGCAUUGGUUUGGGCACACAGCCUUUACAAUGGAAGGGAAAGUGUUACGACGAGGUUCAGAAAGGAGUUCUUCAGAUGGCUACGCCAAGUGCCGAUGGUGAGGCGUAAGAUUGAGGAGAAAAUGGCCGAGAUAAAGAAGGACUUCAGAAAGGACGUCGCUAAGCGCCUGGCCGGUGUGACUGUGAGACGGGAGUUGCCACAGACCGGCUUGCCGGCGGAUCAGAUCACUGAGGAGAUAAAGGAUCAUCUCACGCUUGGCUCCUACGACUGGAGAGCCGGCAGCGUGUCUGGCGCGGUGUACCACGUGAGCGAGGAGAUAGCCAAGGUGGCGUGCGACGCUUACUCGCUCGCGGCGUACACUAACCCGCUGCACGCGGACAUAUUCCCCGGCGUGAACAAGAUGGAGGCGGAGGUGGUCAGGAUGGCGGUCAACCUGUUCCACGGCGACGACGGCUGCUGCGGAACGGUGACGACCGGCGGUACCGAGUCGAUAAUAAUGGCCUGCAAAGCGUUCCGCGACCUUGCCUACAGUAAGGGCAUCAGCAGCCCCCAGAUGGUGGUGCCGUCGACCGUGCACUCGGCUUUCGACAAGGCUGCUCAGUACCUAGGCAUCUCGGUGGUCACUGUUCCCGUCGAUCCGGACACCCUCACGGUGGACGUGGACAAGGUGGAAGCGGCGAUAGGCCGCAGAACUUGCCUGAUCGUGGGCUCGGCGCCCAACUAUCCGUACGGCACAAUGGACGACAUCGCGGCGCUGUCCGCCCUAGCGCUGGAGUACGACGUGCCGUUGCACGUGGACGCCUGCCUGGGAGGCUUCGUGGGCGCCUUCAUGCCGGAAGCGGGACACCCGAUAGCCGACUUCGACUUCCGGCUGCCCGGUGUCGCGAGCAUAUCCGCAGACACGCACAAGUACGGCUACGCUCCGAAAGGCACCUCGGUGAUCCUCUACCGUCGCGAGGAGUAUCGCCACUGCCAGUACACCGUCACCACCGAGUGGCCGGGCGGCGUCUACGGCUCUCCCACCGUCAACGGCAGCAGGGCGGGCGGUCUAAUCGCGGCCUGCUGGGCCACCAUGAUGUUCGUCGGCAAAGCGCGCUACGUGCACAUGACCGACGAGAUCGUCACCACCGCCAGAUACAUUGAGAGCGAGCUGCGCAAGAUCGAGGGCCUGUUCGUGUUCGGGAAACCUUCCACCACCGUGGUGGCUUUCGGCUCGCGCCUCUUCGACAUAUUCAAGCUGGCGGAACUGCUCCAUAAAAAGGGCUGGGCCCUGAACGCCCUGCAGUUCCCGUCCGGGGUGCACAUUUGCGUGACGCACGCGCACACGCAGCCGGGCGUGGCGGAGCGCUUCGUGGCGGACGUGCGCGACGCGACGCGCACCUGCCGCGCGCACGCGGGCGAGCCCGUGCAGGGGAAGAUGGCGAUCUACGGGGUCGCCCAGGAGAUAUCAGACAGGAGCCUCGUCUCCGACAUAACCAAACACUUCAUCGACUCCAUGUAUUACCUACCUCGACCUGAAGACCAA